AGCUGAGGAAGAGGAGGAGCUUGUCCUGCCAGCUGGACUUCCGCCUUUCCUCUGAGCAGACCUGUUGCGGGUUCGUUUGGGCCAGUCUGGCUUUGUGGAUCCGCCCACAUGUAGACCCGAACCGGGAUAAGCGGCGGACUUACGCUGUUCGGUGAUGGACGCCGAGAGCGGUCAGCUGUUCCUGGCGGCGGGAGGAGGGACCUGCCUCGUUGGUGCUGACCUGGUCUUCAGCGCCUCAGAGAAGCCCCUGCAGGACUGGGUGGUGGACCCCGAUAGCGCGCUGAACGACAGCGAAUCAGAGGAGGUCCUCCACGGCGUCGAUCCAAACGAGGUGUUUGGGGGCGCGGCCCCAGCUGACCCCUCCUCUGAGAGCGACAGUGGCGUGUCGGAGGAACCGCUGGGAGAGAGCCCUGUCGCCCCGGCAACAGCCCUCCCCCUGGCAGCAGCCCCAGCCGCCGUCUACCAGGUGGUUUAUGACAUCAGCGGGCUGGGCGGGGCCAAGGCGGGUCUUGGGGAGGACAACGUGAUCUCCAUCGAGCUCGAUGGGUGGAGCUCUCAGCUGAUGCUAUCGGACUCCUGCCCGUUGAUUCCGGUAGCUGGACCGGGCCUUGUCACCUCUGCGUACCCCCCCAGCCCCGAUGGACACGCGCUCCAGCUGACCGAGGAGGAGCAGAAGCUGCUGACGCAGGAGGGGGUCUCCCUGCCCAACAGCCUCCCGCUCACCAAGGCGGAGGAGCGCGUCCUGAAGAAGGUCCGCCGGAAAAUCCGCAACAAGCAGUCGGCCCAGGACAGCCGGCGCCGCCGGAAGGAGUACAUUGAUGGACUGGAGAGCAGGGCGGCAACGUGUUCAGCUCAGAACCGAGACCUCCAGAGAAAAGUGGAACAGCUGGAGAAACACAACAGGUCCCUCCUCUCUCAGCUGCAGCAGCUCCAGACCUUCAUCAGGCAGACGGUCAGCAGAGGAGCUCAGACCAGCACCUGCUUACUGAUCAUCCUGGUGUCUCUGGCUCUGAUCGUCAUGCCGAGCUUCAGUCCGUUCGGCCGCCGGUCUGCAGACGAGGAGUACAGACCCACAGGAGUCAUCUCCAGGUCCAUCCUGACCGACCGCUCUUCGACGGCAGACGAUGGCGCCCGCCUUCCUGACGCAUCACCACCAGAGUCCAGCCAAUCAGGAGCUCCGGAGGAGGCGGGCCUUCUCCAGGAGCCAACAGGAAAUGCAGACUUCAACGAGGGGCGGAGCCAGUCACUGAACGCCUCGGCCAAACAGGAAGAUGGGCGUGAGGCCUCCAAGUCAGCCCACGCUGAUGAGAUGUAGAGGUCCAGAAGAAGCUUUUGGUUUUUGGCAUCAAGGACUUUUGAUGGUCCAGCCUGGCGGGUUCUGCAGAAUCAGAACAGAACAUCUGGGUUGCCUCAAAGGAAUUCUGUAGAACUAUCUGAAGGUCCAGGUGUUUCUGGGGGGGUGGUGCUGAGUGGAACCAGAGAUCAUCUUCGUGGGACCUCCAGCCAGAACAAGCCCACGCUGAACUUUGACCCGCAGCGGUCUGUAGCGGGCCCACGGCGCCGGAGGACGGGUUCUUCAGGUGGACGACUUGUUCCAGCUGAGAGUAGAAACGGUUACGGUGGUGGAGUGGAUGUUCUGCAGGCAUGAAGGUUCUGACUACGGAUGUAAAUAAACAUGUCGGUUCUGAUGAA